CGCCGUUAGACUUCAGGGAAACGUAAUUACAGUGACGAGGCGUAGCGUGGGAAUCCAAAUUUGGUGGAGGAACAGAAAUAAGAAGAGCAGAGCCACAACGUGUAGACGGCCAAUGCCACCGCAAUACCUUCUCCCUUUUAAACCGCUCUCCUUCGCCGCCGCUUAAUUUCCUAAACGCCGAAACCCCCCAACGCCAUUUCCAACAUUACAAAUGGCUUCCUUCACCAUUUCUUCGCCGUCUAAAUCGUCGUCGUUUUUGUCUUCUUCUUUAUCUUCUCUCUUCACUCCUUCCUCUCUUAGCCGUAAAAGCUUCGCUUUCAAUAUCUCUCGUUCUCCUAUCUGCGCUCCCAACAGUUUGAAAUGUGAACUGCCUCAACCUGUGAAUUAUGAAAAUGGGAUACCAACGAUCCCAGUCCUCAAUGAAAGGAUACUGCCCAAGUUCGUGGAAUCAAAUCGAAUGGAUAAAGCUGUUAACAGAAAUGGUGCCAAGCUCAAAUUGUUUUCUGGCACCUCCAAUCCCGCACUUUCUCAGGAAAUUGCUUGGUACAUGGGCCUGGAGCUGGGAAAGGUCAGCAUAAAGAGAUUUGCUGAUGGGGAAAUAUAUGUUCAGCUGCAAGAGAGUGUUAGAGGCUGUGAUGUAUAUUUAGUGCAGCCAACAUGCCCUCCUGCAAAUGAGAACCUCAUGGAGCUUCUCAUAAUGAUAGAUGCUUGUCGGAGAGCAUCAGCCAAAAAUAUCACUGCAGUGAUACCCUAUUUUGGUUAUGCCAGAGCUGAUAGAAAGACUCAAGGACGUGAAUCCAUUGCAGCCAAACUAGUUGCAAAUCUUAUAACAGAAGCUGGUGCAGACCGUGUUCUUGCUUGUGACCUUCAUUCUGGGCAGUCCAUGGGUUAUUUUGAUAUUCCAGUGGACCAUGUGUACUGUCAGCCUGUGGUUCUUGAUUAUCUUGCUAGCAAGAAAAUUUGUUCUGGUGACUUGGUAGUGGUCUCACCUGAUGUUGGUGGAGUUGCAAGAGCGCGUUCUUUUGCAAAAAAAUUGUCAGAUGCACCUUUAGCCAUUGUAGAUAAAAGGCGCCACGCACACAAUGUUGCAGAGCUUUUAUUUGCUCAGGUAAUGAAUCUGAUCGGUGAUGUCAAAGGAAAAGUUGCAGUUAUGGUGGAUGACAUGAUUGACACCGCUGGAACGAUUGCAAAGGGGGCAGCACUUUUACACCAAGAGGGGGCAAGGGAAGUUUAUGCAUGCUGUACUCAUGCAGUUUUCAGCCCUCCUGCAAUAGAGAGGUUAUCAGGUGGUGUGUUUCAAGAAGUAAUCAUAACAAAUACACUACCAGUGGCAGAGAAGAAUUACUUCCCGCAGUUGACGGUUCUUUCAGUGGCAAACCUGUUGGGUGAAACCAUUUGGCGCGUUCAUGAUGACUGUUCCGUCAGUAGCAUAUUUCUGUGACAAAUCCCCAAACUACUUUCUUCUUCAAAUUUAUGCAUGUUUUGCCUUGGCUGAAAAGGAAUAAGCUUUAGUCCAAUUCAUAUCUCAUUUUGCCUUGGAGAAUCUACUAACACAUGCCUCUCAUAUCUCAUUCUUCCUUUCUCUCUGCAUCUCCAGAUUCUAGUUUUUUCCUCUUUUUUUUUUUAGCUAAAUUCCUUUUUCUUGUAGACUACUUACACUAUUUAUACAUUAUUUCAUUUUAAUUUACAAUUUUUUGCGUUAA